AUGACUGAUGUAGACAGUCCCCUUUUAUUCCUUGCUGCAAUCUGUGAUGUAGCUAUUGGCACCCAUGCCGAAGCUGUUACUCUUCCCUGCCAAGCCGUAAACCAGGGCUCCGAUCAGGAGGCAAAAGCCACCAUCCGGAACCAGACGAAGAUCACCAUGAUAAUGCUUCUGUGUACUCAGUCGUCCUCUCCAAAAACACUCAUAACGCUGGCCCCGAGAGGUAGCUUUUUGAGUCAGUUUCUGCGGUUAGAUAACAAACCCAAUCUCUUGCUUCUUGGUCGUCUCAUCGUCAUCGCCGUGCCAGCUAUGGUGAGGGCAUCAAGCAGUUGUGCUGACGCGGCCCUCCGGAUACUGGCCCUGAAAAUCAGUGUGAGUCAGGGACCGAUUCGACCGCCAACCUACCACGUCACUGUUUCGCUGGCUCCUACUUCAUGUAGCACCUGCGCUACAUGCAUGACCCCAGCCGGAAUCUAUCAUUGUGCACUAAAAUCUGUGGCACUGUAA